CCAGAGCCAAUCCGCGGCGGGGCGUAAAUAGGGCAAAGCCGCUUCCUGGUUCUCAGGAAGGAGGAGCCGGGAGUCGGAGGGGCGACGGAGCCGCAGCAGCACCGGGGGGUCAGAGCAGCGCAGAGAGCGGGUCCGCACGGAGCAGCACCGGGACGAGCACCGGCACGACCACCAGAGAACCGCGACGCCACCGGGAGUCGCUGAAGGAGCCGUGACCCCCCAGGAGGAGACACCGGGACCGGAGAUAAAGUCGGAAUAAUCCAGGAAGUGUCGCGGCCGGUCAGGUGGGAGGACGGUCCGGACAGGUGACUCUCAGGUUUUAACCUCCGCUGACCUCGAAGAAUCACAACAAGAGGGAGGAGAAACCCGACAGCAGGCCGCCAUCUUCUCCUGGUUUUAUGGACUGGAGGUGGCGAUGUCUCCAGGAGAGGACGGUCUGAUUGGGAUCCCCUUCCCGGAGCACAGCAACGAGCUGCUGUCCCACCUCAAUGACCAGCGGAGGACAGGUCUCCUGUGCGACCUCACCCUGACGUCCCGUGGCGCCCGCUACCCCACCCACCGCUCCGUCAUGGCCGCCGUCAGCCUCUACUUCCGUCGGCUGUUCGGGGCGGAGGAGGGCGGUGAGGGCGGCGGCGGCUUCAGCGUCUGCCAGCUGGACUGCGUGUCGCCCGACGCCCUGGACGCCCUGCUGGAGUUUGCCUACACCGCCACGCUGACCAUCCCCAGCUCUGGCAUGAGGGAUGUCCUGCGGGGCGCCCAGCUGCUCGGCAUCCAGUGUGUCGCCGACGCCUGCCGCGAUAUCCUGGGGGAGACGGGGGAGGCAGAGGGGGAGGCGGAGCAGCAGGGAGGCCGCCACACCGAGAGGAAGGCCGACGGCGGCGUGGAGAAACUGUCCCGCAGGAAAACGGACAGAAAGAAAGUGAGGAGGGUCGGGCUGCAUCACGCCAGCUCGUCGCCUAUCAACCCGGUGUCGCCCGUCUCCCACCCUUCGCCGGCGUCCGACAGCCUCCGCUCGCUGCCCUCCACCCGGCCGCCCAGCCCUGAGCAGGACGAGCUCCGCCCACAGCCGGGCCAGAAUGGCGACCCGAGGGCGAUCCCAGGCGCCGUGCUGAACGGAGACCACCUCCCCUGGCUGCAUGACCCUCGCAUCGCCCAGCCGCCGCCCGCUGCCGACAAGCUGUCUGAGGACGAUGACAUGGAGGCCAUCGUCGACGGCGCCACCAUGGGGAACACGACCUUACCGCCGUCCGCAACCGACCGAGGGGCGGCGGCGACGGUCGGAGGAGGAGGCAGGAAGAGGAAGUCUCAGACGCCUCAACAGUGUCCGGUCUGUCAGAAGAUCAUCCACGGAGCUGGUAAACUGCCGAGACACAUGAGGACACACACCGGAGAGAAACCCUUCCAAUGCUCCGCCUGCGGAGUCCGAUUCACCCGGAACGAUAAGUUGAAGAUCCACAUGAGGAAGCACACCGGUGAGCGCCCCUACCCCUGCCCCCACUGCCCGGCCCGCUUCCUGCACUCCUACGACCUGAAGAACCACCUCUCGCUCCACAGCGGGACCCGGCCCUUCGAGUGUCUGCUGUGCCACAAGGCGUUCGCCCGGGAGGACCACCUCCAGCGCCACCGCAAGGGCCACAGCUGCCUGGAGCUCCGGACCCGCCGGCCCCGAGGCGACGCCGGCCGCAGAGAGCCGCCUGACGCCCUGGAGGCGUUCCAGGCUCACUCCUCCGGCUUCCUGCCCCGCUCGGCGCUGGAUGGCGGCGGCUCCGGUCCGUCGCUGAUGUUCGACGUGGAGCGGGAGCGUUCGCUGGCGCUGCUGGCCCAUAUCGGCCCCCAGCGCCUGGCCGCCUACCCGGAGUUCUUCCUGCGAGGCCUCCGGGAGUCGGACGCCGAAGAUCCGGGAAGACGAAGCGAGUCGCUGGCCACCCAGCGAGACCGAUGGAGGGACGAGACGGAGGAGGAGAACGGAGAAGAAGAAGCAGAAGAAGAAGAAUAGUAGAAAAUAAGAGAGAGUGUGUGAAUGUGUGUGUGUUUGUGGAAAAGCAUCCACAGUAAAAAAUAAAUAACACUUCACUCAGGGGGUCGGACUCCACAUAGAGCGCUUCAGAAUAAAAGACAAAAAAUGUAAAACGGGUUUUCAGAGAUAUUUUAAUGUUUGAUUUCGUUUUAUUCCUUGUUUGCUGUUUAAUUUUGGUUUGCUUUGUUUUCUAGCUGCUGUGUGUCGAGUGUGUGCUCGGUUACUGGGAUGCUUCUCACUAUGCAAACUAAAUAAUUGUAAUAAUCCAGGACGUUCAGGUGCAAUGCAGACGAUGGUAUCAUGUAAUGAACGCUGCCCUCUGGUGGUCGUCAGGGGAAUUAAUCAAACUUGUUCUGUGCAUCUGUUAGCAAUAAUCUGAUCCAUUAGCCACUUUGAUUUGGUGCUUGAACCAAAGAUUUUUUUUUCUUGAGGUUUACGAAACAAUCCGCUUCCAGACUAUAAAAAAAUCAAAGAGUUGACACUGAUUAAAACAAUUUAUUUUUCUUUUAUUUCCCGGAAGCUGUCGGUCUUCCAACGCACUCAUUUCGGUUCUUAAAAAAAUCAAAGUAAAAAGGGGGUAAAAAUGCAACGUUCCCCUUUCCUUCCUGUAUUUAUUUAUUUAUUGAUAUUUAUUGAGGCUCUUCUGCUGCUCAGCGAGAGAAUCCAGGAGUUCGGAUCUCGCUAGAAGCUGCAUAAACGUUUUCUUUUUUUUUUUUUUUUUUUUGCCGCCUUCUUCCAGAAUCGAGUGUCUUCUUUCCUCCAAGAAUGCACUCUUUUGCACAUUUUAAAAUCCCGUCAGGUUCCGCAGUAAAACAUUCCAGGUGUCCGGUACUGUAGCUUCAUCUAAAGGGGCCAUUUUCUCUCAGUUUGACCAAAAAAAAAAACAAGUAUACUUUGAUAUACUUCACAUGAUUUCCCUCCAAUCCACCCCCCUGGCCUUGCGUGCGCUGUCCGCUCUUUAUCGUGUAGCAAACCUUAUUUUUUAUUUCCACUUUAUUUGCACUAUGAGAUUUAAAAGCUUCUGCUUUGUUUUUUUUUUGUCUGACUUUUGUCCAUUUAAAAGUUGUGAUUGAAUCUUUGGAACCCACACGCUUCCUCCUGCAUAUUAGCACAGAGUUCUAGUUAAAUGUAAUAUAUAUAUAUAAAGAUAUAUAUCGGGAUGAAGUUGCCUUAGUUUUUGUUUUUUUGUGCUGCGACUAUUCUCAGGAAACCUUGAGCAAUGCACUAAGUGAUUAUUGAGAAUCUAAAACGGGGAGUUUGGUGCUGUUUGGUGACGCCAGAUGUUGGAUUUUCUAGGUUUUGUAUUGAAUCUAAAGCAGAAUGGAUCUCUUGGUUCUGAGCUCUUUGUGAAUGAACGAGUGAACGGGGCUGAGGAGCUGUGAAGUCCGUCUGCUCGGCUUCGGUGAAAGGACUCGGGGUUCGGUCCGACCGCAGACCCCGACAUCAGGGAUAUACAUUUUUGUCUUUCAGUUCUUCGCGGACCUUCUCAGAGAUAUGAAUUCAUUUUCCCAUGAUCUGUUUCAGUCGAUGUAAAGAGAAUAAAUAAAGAUAUCUAAGCUUGC